AUGCCCACAAAUCAAAAAGCAGUGCUAAAUGAAAAUGAUGUGGGAAUGGUCAUGAGCUAUGGAAAGAACUAUUAUAAUGAUGAAAUAAGGACCAUAGAAACAGAGAUUGAUGCUCUCUUUGACCAGAUAAAUCUAAAACUAGGAACAAGGGAGGUAGAGACAGGUCUUGCUCCCCCAUCACAGUGGAAUCUAAUUGCAGACAAGCAAAGAAUGCAAACUGAUCCCACUCUUCAAGUUGCAAGAGUUGUGGAUAUUAUAGAGGGAUACUCUGAGCCUAGAUAUAUGAUUAGCAUUAGACAAAUGGCCAAGUUUAUCGUGGGAAAAUCCAAGAAAUUAGAAUCCAACGAAAUCCAAAAAGGAAUACGAGUCGGUGUAGAUAGAAUGAAGUAUAACAUUAUUUUACCGCUACCAAAGAAGAUUGAUGCAUCUGUAACGCUCAUGCAGAUUGAAGAGAAACCAGAAGUUUCCUAUAAUGAUAUUGGCGGAUGCAAAGAGGAAAUAGAGAAAAUUAAAGAAGUUGUUGAGGAGCCAUUACUUAAUCCUGAAAAAUUCAUUAAUCUGGGAAUAGAUCCUCCUAAAGGUGUACUCCUAUAUGGACCGCCGGGAACAGGUAAAACAUUAGUUGCUAGAGCUGUAGCAAACAGGACCGAAGCAUGUUUUAUUAAAGUCAUAGGUAGUGAGCUGGUACAGAAAUAUGUAGGAGAAGGUGCUAGAAUGGUCAGAGAGAUAUUCUCUCUAGCCAAAUCUAAGAAAGCUUGCAUUAUAUUCUUUGAUGAGGUUGAUGCGUUCGGAGGUACCCGCUUUGGAGAUGGUGAGGACAACGAGGUGCAAAGAACGAUGCUUGAGCUUAUUAAUCAACUUGAUGGAUUUGAUAACCGUGGAAACGUUAAGGUUCUCAUGGCUACAAAUAGGCCAGAUACUUUGGAUCCGGCAUUAUUAAGGCCAGGCAGGUUGGACAGAAAAAUAGAAUUUGGGCUUCCAGAUUUGGAGGGUAGAAUAAAGAUUCUGGAGAUUAAUGCGAGAACAAUGAGCAUUGAGAAGAAUAUUCGAUUCGAUUUGAUUUCAAGGCUGUGUAGUGGAGCAACAGGAGCGGAGCUGAGAUCUGUCUGCAUUGAGGCAGGUAUGUUUGCGAUCAGGGACAGAAGAAAGAUAGCAACGGAAAAUGACUUUUUCAAGGCAGUUGAUAAAGUCAUUAAAGAGGGAGCAAAGUUUUCAUCUACGCCGAGAUAUCUUACUUAUAAUUAA